AUGCUGCGGCGCGGCUGCCGGCUGGGCGUGUUCGGCAGCGGCAGGGCGGAGCUGCAGGCGGGCGCCACGGCGGCGCCGCCAGUGGCCGCGGUGGCCGAGGGCGGGCGCGGUGCCCCGCGCUCGCGGAGAAGCCUGGCCGCAGUCGCCGUGUCGCCGACAGCGUUGCCCGCUGCGUCUGUCCCGCCUGCAGCGCCGCCGGUCCCGUCGCCGGCCCUGCCGUCGGCGCAGCCCAGCCUGCCCGCCGGGCCCCCGGCGGCGGCCGGGCACAAGCGUAUCACGAGGGACGGCGUGUCCGACCUUCUGGACGACCUGAAGGCGGCCUACGCCGACCCGGGCCUGCGGAGGCAGAUAGACAAGCUGAUCAGGGACGUCCGCUUCGACGCGGGGUCGUUCAUGCAGCACAUCGGCGCAGUGGUGCUGCCAGUGCAGGAGCCCGUCCUGCGGAAGUGGGGCUUCGACGCGUCCAGGCACGGGGUGGCCGAGAUGCGCGCGGCCAUCCAGGACCACACCCGAGGUGCCCGCGCGGACCUGGAGCUCAAGGGGCGGGCCGACGAGGUCAACAGCGCGCUCUUCGGGAGCCCUGAGCUCUGCAUGCGCGAGCGCGUGAUGGGCACGGGGCCGGCCCCUGCUUAG